AUGGCAUUCCGGCGUCCUUUGAUGCUGUCAACGACAGCAUCAACGCCUUUCCUGUCCGUUGCGAGCCGCAACUCACGCCUGGGAGCCUCCCGAUUCAGCACCACCAUUCGGGCCUCUUCCUCCAGUUCGACCUCAGCCCUAGCCUACAAGGCCCUUCAUCGCCGGUCUCCCCUCCCUCUCCCCGUCAACGAUGCCUCGCCGCAAUGGGACGCCCCCACGGCCGUUUCGUCCAUUCUCUACGAAACCCCUUCCGUCCCCACCAACCCUCCCAAGCGCCAUAUCCUGAACUGUCUGGUGCAGAACGAGCCCGGUGUGCUGUCCCGCGUGUCCGGUAUCCUGGCUGCUCGCGGCUUCAACAUCGACUCUCUCGUCGUCUGCAACACCGAGGUCGAGGAUCUGUCUCGUAUGACCAUCGUCUUGCAGGGUCAGGACGGCGUCGUCGAGCAGGCUCGUCGUCAACUCGAUGAUCUCGUCCCCGUCUGGGCCGUCCUCGAUUACACUGACUCCGCCCUGGUGCAGCGCGAACUCCUCCUCGCCAAGGUCAGCAUCUUGGGCCCCGAGUUCUUCGAGGAAUUGCUGCAGCACCACCGCGAAAUCACCACCCCCGGUGAGCAGACUGAGGGUCAGAAGGAUAAGGCUGCGCAAGUUGCGAAGACCGAGUUCCACCCCCGUAAUCUGCCCCAUUCUCAGGCUUUGAGACACAAGCAUGAGCAUUUGGAUGCGAUUACUCGCUUGACUCAUCAGUUCGGUGGAAAGGUGCUGGAUAUCAGUACCAACAACUGCAUUGUUGAGGUCUCCGCCAAACCCUCCCGUAUCGACUCCUUCAUGAAGCUCAUCGGCCCCUUCGGUGUCCUCGAGUCCACCCGUACCGGUCUGAUGGCUCUGCCCCGGUCUCCUCUCUUCGAGCCUAGCGAGGAGAUCGAGAAGGACGCCGCUGACGUUGUUGACGCCAGCACCCUUCCCCCCGGUUAA